AUGGCUUGGCUCGGCGGUCGCAGCAGUUUCUAUGUGGACUGCGACGCCUUUAACACUUCGGCUACUGCACCGAGACGCGGUACCGAAAUGUUUCUGGAAGAGGAAGGGCAGAGGAUCCGACUGAGUUUGCUGCGGGAGCUCGAUAACUCCCCUGACAAGGUCGGAGCAGGAGAGCCAUAUCAGUGGCUGCGAAUGGUGGAUAUUGAUCAUGCCGCAAGAUGGUGCGCCAAUGACCCGCAGUGUACAGGUGUGUGCUUCAGCUCGGAGACGGGCUGGGCUCGCUACUAUCACCAUCAGAUUCAGCAAUAUGAGGUAGAUACCAGUGGAACCAAAGGUUGGGUCUGUCUCUCUCUGAAGGGCAUUGGGCCGAUGGGGACUGGCAUGAAAUCCGAAAUGAGGCCCUGCUUUCACGGCCUCGAG